AUGACAGAUAUUAUUAUUGAUGAUGAUCUUAUUGAUACAAGUAGACCAACAGCAUCGGGCUCGAGUUCUUCAGUAACAACAUCAUCUCGUCGAGCCAUGUUUAUUGAAACUGAAGUACGAACAGAUACAAUGACCAAACGACGAGUAGGAUCAACUACUGGAAGUCGAAGUGUUUAUGAUAUACUUGAAAAUACAAGAUCACCUACAGAUGGACUCCCACCGACAACUUAUACAUAUGCUCACAGUGUGUCUUAUAUACCUGUGACGGAUCAUGGUGCUUAUAGCUUUCCAGUUAUGGCUCGUCGUGAUUUGCAUGGUGAAGGCCGUUCAUACAGCUCAUCAAGUUUUACAUCAACAAAUUCGUUGUUUUCAUCACCAACACGAUUUAUUUCAAAUGUUCGUUCACACCUAGCUAACGGUUAUUCAGCUAUUCGUGAUCGUUUAACACAUCAUACACAUCAAGAAUUAGAAACAGAAACGGCACCAACACUUCUCAAUUCGCCAUCAACUCAACGUACAACAAGAUUUUCUCGUACAUCGUCUCAAUCAUCGGUUAACGGUCAAACAACAGGUUAUAAUCUUCGUCGACGUGCUCCUGUUCAUUCAACACCACGUGACAUUGAGAGCGAACAAUUAGAAGAACGUAAAACAACUAAACAACGUAAAGACCGUAAAAGUCAAGAUGGCCAAGAAGAAACGCCUAGCGAAGAUAAAGAAAUCAUAGAUGAAAAACCUGAAGAACAGCAAGAAAAUGAAUUUUUUAAUUUAACAAAAAAUCUUAUCCUUCUACCAAUUAAACUAUUCAAGUUUCUAUGCAGUACACUAUUUAGUUUACCAUGGUGGUUACUCAUUCCACUUCUUUUCUUGCUUGGCAUUUACUUCCUUCCUAAUUUGGCAUGCAAAUCAUUGGAACAUUAUCCUCAAUCCAAAGCUUAUCAACAAUGUCGUGCAUUUCAAAAAUAUAGAAAUACACAAAUAGAUAAAUCCACAACUUUUCUCCGAGAAAAUACAUUUAAAUGUAGCAUUGAUUGUUUUAAAAAAUUCUAUCAAUCACUUGUUAAUGUCCAAAAGUCCAUAAUUAACUUCUUGGUUGGUAUUUAUUCUAAUACUAGAAAAGGAUUUUAUCGACAAUAUAUCAGAAUCAAACGUAGUGUGACGAGUAUUGUUGGAACAACAAAAGAAAAUGCAAAAGAAAAUUUCGAUGCUAGUGUUCAAAAAGUUAACGAUUUAAUCGAAGAAUUUAAACGUGAAAAAGAUAAAUUUUUUGGCAGUCGAAAUGCAUUAAAACCUGAUCAACAGCAAGAAUUAGAAGCCCUUGUUCGACAAUUACUUGUUGAAUAUUCUGCGGAUGAAACUGGCCAAGCUGAUUAUGCCCUUGAAGCUAAUGGCGGAAAAAUUGUUGAUACAAGAUGUACUGAAUAUACAGAUGAACCACGUCAAAAUGUUGUUAAAUUUCUUGGUAUUCCAAUAGUGCAUAUGUCAAAACAACCAGAUAUUAUGAUUAAAGCUGGUCGUAUGCCUGGUCAAUGUUUUCCAUUUAAAGGUGAUCAAGGAAGUGUUAUUAUUAAAUUAGCUGUACCAGUUAAACCAACUGAAUUUGUACUCGAACAUUUACCGAAAAGUAUUUCAGUUGUUGGACAUAUUAAUAGUGCACCAAAUAAUUUUACUGUUUAUGCGUUAAAAGAUAAAAAUGAUAAAGAAGGUACGGUUCUCGGUCGAUAUUAUUAUGAUGCAGAAAAUGGCCCAUCACUUCAACGGUUUAAACCUCAGCUUGCAAAUGUUCAAACAAUCGAAUAUGUUGAACUUCGAGUAUCGUCCAAUUGGGGUAAUCCAAAUUAUACAUGUGUAUAUCGAUUUCGUGUUCAUGGUGAUUUGCCUUCGGUACAAUCAUCAACGUCACCGGCUGCAUAG